ACCAUCUGCAGGCACUCAGUGAUAAUGAGAUUCAGGGGACCUUCACAGGGCGCAUCCUCAGGCUCCGGAAGGUCUCAGUCAGCCCAGAACUUGUCAGUCUCUACAGAAUCAGCAGCGUCUGGAAAGUCGGUGACAGGAACACCCUCAAAAGGCUUUGACGAGAAGGCAUACCUGUCAGCCAAGCAGCUGAAGCCUGGAGAGGACCCCUACAGGCAGCACGCCUUCAAUCAGCUGGAAAGUGACAAGCUAAGCCCUGACCGGCCCAUCCGGGACACCCGCCACUACAGUUGCCCAUCUCUGUCCUACUCCUCUGAUCUGCCGGCCACCAGUGUCAUCAUCACCUUCCACAAUGAGGCCCGCUCCACCUUGCUGCGCACAGUGAAGAGUGUCUUGAACCGGACUCCAGCCAGCCUGAUCCAUGAGAUCAUUUUAGUGGAUGACUUCAGUUCAGAUCCUGAAGACUGCCUGCUCCUCACCAGGAUCCCCAAGGUCAAAUGCCUGCGCAACGACAAGCGGGAAGGGCUGAUUCGGUCUCGCGUUCGCGGGGCAGAUGUGGCGGCAGCUGCCAUCCUCACGUUUCUGGACAGCCACUGCGAAGUGAACACCGAGUGGCUGCCGCCCAUGCUGCAGCGGGUGAAGGAGGACCACACGCGCGUGGUGAGUCCCAUCAUUGACGUCAUCAGUCUGGACAACUUUGCCUACCUGGCGGCCUCUGCUGACCUUCGAGGAGGCUUUGACUGGAGCCUGCACUUCAAAUGGGAGCAGAUCCCUCUGGAGCAGAAGAUGACCCGGACAGACCCCACCAAGCCCAUCAGGACACCUGUCAUAGCUGGAGGAAUCUUUGUGAUCGACAAGGCCUGGUUUAACCACUUGGGAAAGUACGAUGCCCAGAUGGACAUCUGGGGAGGAGAGAAUUUUGAGCUCUCCUUCAGGGUGUGGAUGUGCGGAGGGAGUUUGGAAAUCGUCCCCUGCAGCCGGGUGGGCCAUGUCUUCAGGAAGCGACACCCCUACAACUUCCCCGAGGGCAAUGCCCUCACCUACAUCAGGAACACCAAGCGUACUGCAGAGGUGUGGAUGGAUGAAUACAAGCAGUACUACUACGAGGCCCGGCCCUCAGCCAUUGGGAAGGCCUUCGGCAGUGUGGCCACAAGGAUCGAGCAGAGGAAGAAGAUGGACUGUAAGUCCUUCCGCUGGUACCUGGAGAACGUCUAUCCUGAGCUCACUGUCCCCGUGAAGGAAGUGCUCCCCGGCAUCAUUAAGCAGGGGGUUAAUUGCUUAGAAUCCCAGGGCCAGGAUACAGCUGGUGACUUCCUGCUUGGAAUGGGGAUUUGCCGAGGGUCUGCCAAGAAUCCCCCACCACCCCAGGCCUGGCUGUUCAGUGACCAUCUCAUCCAGCAGCAGGGCAAGUGUCUGGCUUCCACCUCCACCUCCACCUCCUCUCCUGGGUCCCCAGUUAUCUUGCAGAUGUGCAACUCAAGAGAAAGCAAACAGAAAUGGAAGCGAAAAGGAUCUUUCAUCCAGCAUUCCAUCAGCGGCCUCUGCCUGGAGACAAAGCCUGCCCAGCUGGUGACCAGCAAGUGUCAGGCUGACACCCAGGCUCAGCAGUGGCAGCUGCUGCCACACACAUGACAAUAGCCCCGGCCUGCGGUACCUUUUGCAUGAGACUUUGGGACCAGAAGGGGGUUAGGGUGGGGAUCAAGUGGGCCGCUUCCAUCUCCUCACAUUUUUGCCAGGAUCAUCAGCAAACACCCCUGCGACGUGUUUCUCCGAAGCUUGGUCUAGGGAGGGUGCAGGGGGCCACCCUGCCAGGUUCCGGGAGAGGCAAUGGUCAGGGUGCCGGGCUGUUGCUGGCAGACUGGGCAGGUGCCCCUUGUCCUCUCCCUUGGCCCUUCUUGGGCCCAGACAGUGGUGUGGGAUCCUCCCCAUGUUGCUUGGGGGUAGCAAGGACAGAAGCCUGCACAGGGACCACCUGGGAUCCUGGGGCUGGUGUGGGGAGAGCAGGAGAAGAGGAAGUGGGCAGUGUUUGUGGAGAGGCUGGGGAAGAGAGGGGAAAGCUGGAAAGAGAGAGAGAGGGAGAAGAGAGGGGCCGCCUGCAGGGGUGGGUAGCAACUAGGAAGGAGGUGAGCUCAGGAGCCUGUCCGAGAGAUGCCAAGCCCAGGGCUUGGGUGUUGUAGGAAGGUGAUCCUGGGAAAAAGGAUGGGCACUUUGCAGAACACAGAUGGAGCAAAGCAUUAAAGAACAAGGCCUCAGGACUUCAUGCCACCCCCCUCUCACCAGCCCCACGCUGAGCCUGACAUCCCCCAGUCCUGUCUCUGGGGGCCCACAGGUCCAGCAGGAGGCUGCGGAGGGACCUGGGGUGUCGUUUUAAAUGGACCCCUCUUUGGUUUGGCCAUGUGCCCACCAAGACCUCUCUCAGGCCUUAACAACCAGCUGGGCCCCGUCGCCUCUGCCUGAGCCCACUGGAGGAUGGGCGGCCACAUGUUCUGUCAUGUGCAGCCUCCUGCUCUCAUAGAUCACUGCCUCUGUAAAUACAGCACCACGAGUCAGGGUGGCCAGCAAGAAUGGGACCUCCUUUCUGGACCAGAACCUCCCCUAAGUGACUAGAGCCUAAGCCCCCAGGCCAGACCUCAUUCAGUCCCUUCCCCUAAGAGCAGGGAUUCCCUCCAAGGCUCAGCUCUUACAGUGUGCGGGGAAGCUGGCUGUUGGCUUCUGUUUGAGUAGAUAAUUCCCAGAUCCUUCUCCCAGCCCCUGAAAACACAACUUCCACUCCUCCUCCGCGGCCCUGUUUUGGGAUCCCCCCUUCCCCCAGACCUCCUCCCCAACCCAUUCUGCCCUGUGCCACUGGCUUAAGCAGUGUGAUCCUGGGGAAAGACUGUCGGUACUGGAAGCCCUGGCGUCUCUGUCCCGAUGCAGACUAUCCUGGUGUGAACACCCGUACCUGGUCUUACACAGAAAGUAUAUGCUCAUGGCGAUUUCAUGGAUUCCAGAAGGUUUAGGAAACUCCAGAAAUUGUCCCCACAAUACCACAUGAUGUGUGUGCAUAUAUUCGUUUUUUCUGGGGAGAAGGCCUACGGACUGACUUUCCCGGCUCCUUAAAGAGCUCUGCUCUACAGCGGAGCCACCAUCUAGCGGAGCUGCCCGCCCCCGCCCCCCGUGCCUAAAUCACCAUCGCCCGUUUCCCCCACAUGGCUCUUGGGUGAGGAGCAAGUGUCCAUGGUCUGCAGCACCACCCUUAGCGUAGUCCAGCGCUCUCCUCUCACCAGCGCCCCUCGGAGUGCUCCUGUGCCCAGAAAUGCGCAAGCCUCCAGACAACACAGGAAUCCUUCCCCUUGGUGGCCUCACUGUCCCUGUCUUCUAUUGUGAAGUUUCACUGCCGCUGUCCCAUCCCGGGAUCCCCUGUCCACUUGGGAAGCCUCCUGCUGCAGCUGAGGACAGAACCGGGGCCAGACCGAAGUCUUCCUUGGAGCCUCAGCCGGCUCGGGUGUGGGCUUCUCGUAAAAGUAAGGACUGCAGCUCAGAGCGCCUUUGAGAAGAUCUCUUCCUCACUUCUAUGGUCACCAGGCUCUGUGCUUGUCAGCUGUCCUUUGUGGGGACUCAGCCCAAUUCUGGUUUUGCUUUUCCUCUUCUUGACCAAAGCAUGUGCCACUAGCUGUCCUUGAGGACGUUGUCUUUAUGAAACACACACCCGGAAUAAAACCACUUAUUACAAGUUCGCACGC